CGGCUUAAAAGCACAGGAAGGACGGUCCUUCUUCUUCUUCUUCUUCUUCAUCUUCUCACAAAAAUCUAAUCUUUUCUUUUUGGGAGUCACAAAAAUCCCAUCUAAAAGAUGAUCAAGUCUCAAACUUCACCUGGCCUCGUGAAUAUUCCAGCAAAUUAGGACAAGAGGGUUUUUGUUGGGUUUGGAUUAGUACCAAUGGCGGGAAUAGCUAUAGUCUUGGAUCUGCUCAAGAAAAACCCAAGUCUUACAACCCAGUGCCUCCACGCUUCUGGGUACUUCUCCGCUAAAGCUGCCGCUUCCGCCGCCGCCGCCGCCUCCGUCGCUGCCGGAGCUCCUUAUGUUUACAGCUCCUUGUUUGGUGGUUUUGGGGGAUCAGUUGCCUAUUGUGAUGCUGGAGCAACGUUGUCGGACGAUUACAUCUCUAGUUUACGAAGUGCAUCCUUCAAGUUAUUUCCGAAUGAAGCUGUGGAUUUUGGUACCAAGGAUUACACCAUCGAGUUAAAGCCUCUUUACACAGCUUUCCAUCCGAAACUUUUGUUUUUGACGACUGUGAGGUCGUUUUUAAUUCACUUCUUACCUCUUCUGGAGCCUCGUGCAAACUUGGAAUCGGACGAUGAGGACUUCUUGGAGGACACCGAAGAAGAACACGGUGCUAAAUUUGUUGUUCCAUUUAAAAAAUCACUUUGGCAAAUUGCUCGUGAGUUAACUACAACAACCACUAGACGGAUUUUAGAAAAGAUUACUGUUUAUUACGCGUCAAAGAGAAUGGCAUGGAAACUUCUAAAAGAUCUCUCUAAGUCUGCCAUGAGGAAAGCUGGAAGAAGAAUGCCAACUUAUCUUUUCUUCUUCAGUGUUAGCAAAACGACUAUGAGAGGACACUGUCUAGCCAUUGCAGCGACUUGGAUAGUCUCAGUUGGCAUCGAUGUCUACUGCACUUUUUAUGGAACUAUAAACUCUAAUGAAGAGGUUGAUGAAAUUGAUACAGCACAAAAGCUUAAACUUCUUGGGAAUAGGGUUUGGCGAACUACUCUCAAGGGUGGUGGCUCACUGAUUUGUUGUUCAGUUGGGGCAGGUAUCGGUGCCACUCUUUUCCGUCCAUCAACUGGCCAGUGGGUUGGUUGUAUUCUGGGAGAUGCGGCAGGACCGUUUAUUGUCUCGUUUUGCCUUGAGAGGUCUUCCAAUGUAGAACUUUAGGCACUGGACUUAGAUUUUCUGAGAUAUAUUUCUUUGCAGUUGCUUCAUUUUUGACUGCUGUACUAUAGGUUAUUUCAGAGUUGUGACAAGUAUCAUUACCUUUCAGGAAUGAUAUUCCUUAGAAGCUCAAGUUAACAGUGACAUUAAUUUUUUUUUUCGGUCGCAAGUACACGUUGGAGUGCAUCUCCGAAUUUCAGUGCAUUGAUUAAUUGUAUAUUUUUUUUUUUGGGAUUUCGUUGCAGUUGAUAUUUAUGAA